AGUGCUCAGCCAGUCUGUGUUGGUUGCCGGCGGUGUGAGCUAGUGACGACGCCGGGCUGAAGGGAUCAGCGGGCUGUGCAACGAUCAGGGGACCUGAUGAGUUAACAUGCAUGAGCGCCCCUCGGCCGACUGUAGACUCGGAGCGCGCCGAAACAGGGAAGUUCGGGAGGAGCAUCGCGCGCAGGAAUGCCGUGAAGAGGUGCCCCCUGCGCCAGCGGGCCGCCCCCGCCCGGUCGGCCGACAGUUCCAGGGUGACUUGGCACGGGUCUGAAGCGGGUGCACCACCGCCGGCUGGGCGGCUGCGGGAUCGACAUUCGUCGUACGUCUCAGACUCAGACGAUGACGCCUUCGAUGACGCCGAGGCGGCGCUGCUAAACCACUACCUGGCGUCAUCGAGGGGCUCUGCGGCGGCGGAGGUGUCGCGGCGGCCAGUCUCCACACUCGGACAUGUUCAGAAGUCUCCGGCUCGGACCUCUGCUGUCCCGCCCGGCAAGGUGCAGAAGGUACUUAUCUCUGAGCGGAAUCCGGAGAACACUUCAGCAACCGAUCAGGGGCAAUGCCCGUCCGAGACAACCGACCAUUCAACCCGGGGUGGCGACUGGACUACCGAUGAUACAACUGCCGCACCCUGCAGUGGGCUGACCGGGUCUGUGCCACACGUCGUCCCAGUUGGACUCAGCACGGCGACAGGGACGGACCCACCUCGUUUUACGCCAUCUGGGUCGUCGGCUGCCACUGGGACGAAUCCACCUCGAUCUGCGCCGUUUGGUCUCCCCGCUGAUACGACUGCGGAGACGGAACUGGACCCACCCCGCGCUGCACCCUCUGGUUCGGCCUAUGGGGCCUUUACCGCUCCACCCCGCGAUACGCCCUCUGUCUCGGCCUCAGGGACCUUUACCGCUCAUUCCCGCCCUGCGCUGGCUGCCGUCUCCGAGAAGGUAAUCACCGAGACGUAUGUCGGCAACGGCAUCACCUACACCAAGCAGACCAGCGUCACCUGCUACCUGACCUGUGAGACAGCGCCGGAGGAGGGCAGCGGACCCCAGGGGCCGGCCAGGAAGUGCCACUCCCUUCCCGCCGCGAGGGGAGGCCGGUGACGGGACGAUAGCCGCUCGACACUACCCUUAGGUGACUGGUGACUAGGAGUUCGGUGACACGAAACUGUUGACGCUGUCUGAUGAUCGGUGCUGAUUGCUUUAUGCCCAGUGGCGAGUGGUGACUGCGCGCCUGGCUAGUGACCUAUGGGGUGAGUACAGGGCGGAACCGUCCUUUCUCCUGAGUUUCGAACGCCGCCGGCCGUCGCUUCACGAAAGUAUGGCCACUUAGCACUUCUCUACUCGGUCUAAGACGAAUGACUUUGUUCGUUGUCAGACUUGGGCUAUUAUGGUACCUACCUACUGUCAAGACAAUUGUACAUGUUUUGAUGAUAAAUACAGUGAAUAUCCUUGCU